GCAGUCUAAGAACUUGGUUCUGUCCACGGGGAGGACUUAGAGGCCAGCGCUUUUUCUCCACGCCGCUUCUCCUUGAGCUUGCCGGCCGGGUCAUGGCAUGACGCCGGAGCCUAGCCAUGGAUGAGGGUGGUUCCUGCAUCCGCCGGCGGGUGUCGGUCCGCAAAAGGACCCGGCCUAGCCUAGAGAGCCUUUUUGCCUCUCCCGCCUCGGCCGAGCCCCAGCUGGACGAGGACGAGGUGGACGCGGUGGCCGAGGGCCGGCGGCGGAAACUGACAGCGCGCGGCCCGUCGAGGUACUGCCCUGCCCGGCAGAAUGACAGUGAAGAGGAUAUGUUUGGUGACUAUGACAGCUUUACAGAGAACUCUCUCUUAGCUCAAGUUGAUGAUCUGGAACAGAAGUACAUGCAACUUCCAGAACAGAGGAAAUGUACUGCAGACCCUGCCAGCAAAGAUCUUUGUUCAGGACACGCCGCAGACAAACUCAGUGUCUCUACCGCCUGCAGCCUUGCUGAGCAUAAAGCUAGUGAGCACACAGCGGCCCUGAGCGGUGAUGCAGAUGGCUCUGCUGGAUGUGGAGACGAUCUUCUGUAUGAUGUGCCCUCCUCCCAAGUGUUAUACUUUGAAAAGCUGCAGAACUCUUCAAAUGAUUUGGGUAAUCAGACUGCAGAUGAAAGUGAGGGAUAUUCACACAAGGCAGUGGCUGGAGAAUUGUCCCAUAGUCACAUAGAGCAAUGCCAGCAAAGUGAUGACUUGUCUCUUCAGGUUGGAACUGGGUCAGAUGGAAGGAGGAGGAAAAGUGUUAAAGACCAUCUAAAGAGCGCUAUGACUGGAAAUGCCAAGGCCCACACACCAGUGCUGUCUAGGAGUAAACAACUCAAAGAGACUCUCCUAUCUGAAGAAAUGAAUGUUGCUAAGGAAGCAAUUGAGUCACCUUCAGAUGAUCUUGGUCCUUUUUAUUCACUGCCCAGCAAAGUGCGAGAUCUUUUUGUUCAGUUAAAAGGAAUUGAAAAAUUAUAUGAAUGGCAACAUACUUGCUUAACACUGGAUUCUGUGCAGAAAAGGAAAAAUUUAAUAUAUUCAUUGCCAACAAGUGGUGGAAAGACCCUCGUAGCUGAGAUUUUAAUGCUACAAGAGCUGCUGUGCCGACGGAAAGAUGUCUUAAUGAUCCUUCCAUAUGUAGCAAUUGUCCAAGAAAAGAUUUCUGGCUUAUCCAGUUUUGGUGUAGAACUUGGCUUCUUUGUUGAAGAAUAUGCUGCAAGUAAAGGAAGAUUCCCUCCCACUAGAAGAAGAGAGAAGAAGUCACUCUAUGUUGCUACUAUUGAGAAAGGACAUAGCCUGGUGAACUCCUUGAUUGAAACGGGAAGGAUCAGCAGCUUGGGUCUGGUUGUUGUCGAUGAGUUGCACAUGAUUGGUGAAGGGAGCCGUGGUGCCAUUCUGGAGAUGACCCUCGCAAAGAUCCUCUACGCUAGCAGAACAACUCAAAUUAUUGGUAUGAGUGCAACGUUAAACAAUGUAGAAGACCUACAAGAUUUCCUUCAAGCUGAAUAUUACACCAGUCAAUUUAGACCAGUUGAAUUAAAAGAAUAUCUGAAAAUAAAUGAUGCAAUAUAUUCAGUAGACUGUCAAGCUGUGAAUGGCAUGACUUUUUCCCGUCUGCUUAAUUAUAAGUAUUCCGACGCCCUGAAAAAGAUGGACCCUGAUCACUUGGUAGCGUUGGUGACAGAAGUCAUUCCGAAUUACUCCUGCAUAGUGUUCUGUCCCAGUAAGAAGAACUGUGAAAAUGUAGCAGAAAUGCUAUGCAAAUUUUUAAGCAAAGACUAUCUAAAACACAAGGAGAAAGAAAAAUGUGAAUUGAUUAAGAGCUUGAAAAGCUCCACCAGUGGCCACCUGUGUCCUGUCUUAAAGUGCACCAUCCCAUUUGGAGUUGCCUACCACCACAGUGGUUUAACUAGCGAUGAAAGGAAGCUCCUGGAAGAGGCCUAUUCUGCUGGUAUUCUCUGCCUUUUCACCUGCACAUCCACCUUGGCAGCAGGGGUCAACCUACCAGCACGAAGAGUUAUUUUACGUGCUCCCUAUGUUGCUAAGGAAUUCAUUAAGAGAAACCAGUACAAACAGAUGACUGGCAGAGCUGGCCGUGCUGGAAUAGAUUCCAUUGGAGAGAGUAUCCUUAUAUUGCAAGAAAAAGACAAGCAGCAGGUAUUGGAACUAAUAAAUGGACCACUGGAAAACUGCUAUAGCCAUCUUGUUCAGGAAUUCACUAAAGGAAUCCAAAGUUUGUUUCUCUCUUUAGUUGGCUUGAAGAUUGCAACAAAUCUUUGUGACAUAUACCAAUUUAUGAAGGGUACGCUUUUUGGUGUUCAGCAAAAGAUUUUACUGAAAGAGAAAAGUCUCUGGGAAAUAACUGUUGAAUCACUUCAAUACCUGAUCGAGAAAGGACUCCUACAGAAAGACACUAUUCAUAAUUCUGAAGAAGAGUCACAAUGUAAUUUUCAUAUUACAAAAUUGGGACGAGCUUCUUUUAAGGGAACUAUAGAUUUGGCUUAUUGUAACAUUCUCUAUAGAGACUUAAAGAAAGGUCUCGAAGGACUUGUACUUGAAAGCCUUCUCCAUCUAAUCUACCUGACAACCCCGUAUGAUCUGGUUCCUCAGUGUGACCCUGAUUGGAUGGUGUACUUCAGACAGUUCAGUCAGCUCAGUGUGGCAGAACAAAAUGUAGCCACUCUUCUUGGAGUCUCUGAAAGCUUUAUUGGGAAGAAAGCAUCAGGACAAGCCAUCAGGAAGAAGGUGGAUAAGGACAUUGUCAACAGACUCUAUCUGUCUUUCGUUCUUUAUUCCUUGCUGAAAGAGACCAACAUUUGGAGUGUAUCUGAAAAAUUUAAUAUGCCUCGAGGAUAUGUACAAAAUCUGCUUACUGGAGCUGCCUCAUUCUCAUCUUGUGUGUUACAUUUUUGUGAGGAACUGGAGGAGUUUUGGGUAUACAAAGCCCUCUUAGUGGAACUUACCAAGAAGCUGACAUACUGCGUACAGGCCGAGCUAAUCCCGCUCAUGGAAGUCACCGGAGUCUUAGAGGGUCGAGCAAAACAAUUAUACAAUGCAGGUUACAAAACUCUAGUGCAUUUAGCUAAUGCCAAUCCAGAAGUGCUAAUAAGGACAAUUGAUCAUUUAUCAAGACGCCAGGCCAAGCAAAUUGUUUCGUCGGCAAAGAUGCUGUUGCAUGAAAAAGCAGAGGCUUUGCAAGAAGAAGCAGAAGAACUGCUGAGAUUGCCUGCUGACUUCCCGGGUGUACUAGACUCUUCUUCCACCAUAAGGCAUGAAGCUUCACUGGGGACAUAGCUCAGCGGUAGGACACUUGACUAUCAUACAUGAGGUCGUGGGUUCAAUCCUCAGUGCCACCAAGAAGAAGAAAACAGCUCAAGUAGAUAUCGUAAGCUGGACAUGGUAGCACGCCUGUUAUCCCAGCACUUGAGCCGUGGAAGCAGGAGGUUCAGGAGUUCUCCAGCAAAGAGAGAAUUCACGGCCAGCCCGCGCUACGUGAGACCUUGUCUCAAAGUAAAGAAGAAAAAUACAUUGAAGCUGUCUGAUAAUGCAUUUUCAAACUUGAGUUAUUUAUUAUAUAAGUUUUAUUAAAGGUUCUCUAUACCUUAUAAGUGAAAAAUAUAUUUUAAUUAUACAUUAAGAACUGUGGAUGAAUUUUUAAUAAAAAAGGAAAUUGGAAAGUAUUUCUCACUUAUAGCUACAGUGACCUUCCCAUAGUACUCAAUUUUUUUCAAUACUGUACCUUACUUUUCUGUUCAAAAUCUCCCUCGACAUCUCCCUAGCCUUUGUGGCCAUAUCUUCAUGAUUUUCUGACCUUUUUUGCUUUCCAGUGGUGACAGUUUUAUGUAUGGUAAGCAUGUGGUAUAACACUGAACUACAUUCCCAUCCCUCUCUUUACCCAUUUCUCUAAUGAAACUGGGAUAUUUAAAAUCCCAGAACUUGCCAGGUGGUGGCACACAACUUUAAUUCCAG